AUGAUUCUCACUCUUCUCCUUGACUUCCCCCAAUUCGAAUUUCGUAUGAUUCUCCUCUUCUCACCCGACCCCCAAUUCGGAAUUUCGUAUGAUUCUCCUCUUCUCCCGACUUCCCCCAAUUCGGAAUUUCGUAUGAUUCUCCUCUUCUCCCCGACUUCCCCCAAUUCGGAAUUUCGUAUGAUUCUCUCUUCUUCCCCGACUUCCCCCAAUUCAGAAUUUCGUAUGAUUCUCUUCUUCCCGACUUCCCCCAAUUCGGAAUUUCAUUAUGAUUCUCCUCUUCUUCCCCGACUUCCCCCAAUUCAGAAUUUCAUUUCGUAUGAUUCUCCUCUCACCCCGACUUCCCCAAUUGGGGAAUUUCGUUUGAUUCUCCUCUUCUUCCGACUUCCCCCAAUUCAGAUUUCGUAUGAUUCUCCUCUUCUUCCCGACUUCCCCCAAUUCGGAAUUUCGUAUGAUUCUCCUCUUCUUUCUGACUUCCCCAAUUCGGAAUUUCGUAUGAUUCUCACUCUUCUUCCCCGACUUCCCCCAAUUCGGAUUUCGUAUGAUUCUCCUCUUCUUCCGACUUCCCCCAAUUCGGAAUUUCGUAUGAUUCUCUCUUCUUCUCCGACUUCCCCAAUUCGGAAUUUCGUAUGA